AUGUGCCUUCGAGUUAAGGAAGAGGAGCCUGCACAAGUCUACCCAGAAGGACCACGAAGGCACCAUCCUUCAGAUGUUUCGACCAGGCAGUCUGUGGAAAAACGUAUCCAGUACAUGCAAAACCUACAGAAAGAGAAGAGGAAACUGGGGAAAAGGUUCGCAAGGCCUACCCCGAUUCCAGAUCCAGGAAUCCUGUCUGUCAUACAAGAGCCUCUUAUAGCAGCAUUCAACUGCAUAUUCUGUGGCUCAGCAGAGGUCUGA